AGGGGGGCCCAACAGGAAGGCGUCAUCGCCGAUUGGUGACGUCCACCCCUUCCAGUGGCAGCGUGCGCAAGCGUCCGAGUGGCGACCGCCAAGCUCAUCUUGGUCCAACGCAAUUCGUCGAAGACGACCGCGGCGUUGCGUUGAUCGGCCAUCGCAUAAUCGUGAAGCAUGCGACAAAGACCCGCCCCGGAGCACGAGACCACGCGCACUUGGUAGAGGGCAGAAACUGCGCUGAUUUGGAACAGAAGGCGGCAGCACAAGGAAGAAGAAGAAGGAAAAGAAGAAGUGUUUACUGUAUUAUUUUCCAAAACAAGAAACCAAAAAAAAAAAAGAUAUUAACUUCUAAUUUUAAGAAACUACAGCAUGAAAAUUAUUAUUAAUGAUUAGAAUUAAUUUAAUAUCACCUUCUCCGUAAAAAAAAAAAUCCUUUUUAGGCAUUUAUUCUUUUUGAACCCACUGCCGCCCGAUUCAUGGCCAAUCCCCCGUAGUGGGUUGUGCUAUAUCUACAGGCUCCCAACCAAACCAAACCAAACCAAGCCAGCACAGACUGUUCACUUCGACAGCCAUGCUUCUCACCCUCGCGGUGGCUGCCGCAGCGGUCUUACUCCUGCUCAAGCGGGUCACCCACACUGUGGUGAAGAGAACCAGGCUGCUGCUUGGAUAUUGCCGCCACUACCUCAUUGAAAGCACAGCUGACGGUGCGGGAACGGCCAUGGAAGUCAUAAGUCAGAUACACAUCCCCAGCAGUUCUUAUCAAAGCGUGCUCGUCGCCAGCUUCCUGGGACUCUGUGUUUUGGUGUGCGCCCUGAAGCCAUGGCGACGGCUCUCCCGCAUGCGGGCGCACCGUGCGAGAGCUCCCGCUGUCCCAAGUCGGCUAUCAGCCGGCGAACCGGCUGGCACGGACUUCCUGGAAGACAACGAUCCGCUGAGCUCUGAACACCUGUCCGCGAACAUAGACGAAGUGUUCGCAAACCUACUCGCAGCGUGCGGUCAGCAGACAUGUGCGACGUUUGACCAGCUCUUCAACCGCAUGUACGCGGUCUCGGGCCAGUGCCAGUCAGAAUCGGUGAACCACCUGAGCUAUGAGGCCGUCGUACAGCACCUGGACAACCACUUCGAUCCCCAAGUCAACGAGAUAGCAGCGAGCUAUGCUUUUUUCAUGCGGAACCAAGCGGAAGGCGAAAAGCGCCGCCUCGAGUCCGUUCUGCAAGGCCUCCCGCGCGUCAAGGUGUACUUGGAUGACAUCAUUAUAGCCGAAAAGCAGAACGACAACUCAACUCUCCGGCAAGUCCUCGAGCGGCUGCGCGACAAUGGACUCAAGUUGAACCGUGACAAAUGCAGGUUCCGCGAGAAGCAAGUUUCGUUUUUGGGCCACAAGAUCGACGCAACUGGCCUGCACCCUCCUGAGAAUAUGGAAGCCAUCACCGAGGCACCAAGACCGGAGACGGUGAGCCAGCUAAAAUCCUUUUUGGGAUUGCUCACUUAUUACGCCAAGUUUUUGCCUAACCUUGCAACCACCUUAGUCCCACUCUACAGGCUGCUGGCUAAAGGAGUUCGAUGGCAAUGGAAAGCCGAACACGAGAAAGCCUUCCAGGCAGCCAAGCGCGCUAUGGUGGCAGCGGAACUACUCGUGCACUACGACCCCGAAAAGCCGUUGCGGCUUGAAUGCGAUGCCUCGCCAGUUGGAGUUGGCGCGGUGCUGUCACACCGAAUUGGGAACACAGACUAUCCCAUAUCGUUCCGUUCGAGGGCACUGACACCUGCUGAGCGGAAUUACUCGCAAUUGGAGAAGGAAGCACUGGCCUUGGUGUUCGGCGUUACUAAGUUUAGAGAUUACUUUGUUUCACGAGAGCACGACAAGUUCGAGAAAAUUGCCGAGGGAGAGAACUCGGAGGUCUUCCGCGUCCACACUUACACGGGCGACAGCGUGCUCAAGGUGGUGAAGCUCGGCUCCACGCAAGAGUCGCAAGACCGCCUCUUGACCAAAAUAAAGAUAGCCUCGAGGCUCGCAGAGCUAAGAGAGAGGCUAGACUACUUCACGAAGGGCUUCGUGGAACUCAAGAGCGUCACUUGCGUGUUCGACUCGUAUCCCGAAGAGCUCCUCGAGGCCCGAGAACGAGCAGCCCUGCAUGAUGAGCGGCGAGACGAAAAUAAGUCAGUUCGAACACCACGAGCGUACCUGGCCUGGCACAUGUCGUACGGCGGCGUUCCUCUCGACCAGCUCAAGUUGGACAGCACGGUGCAGAUCUGGAGCAUCCUGCACCAGGUGGCGCUGUCCCUUGCCGUGGCCGAAGAGGCACUCGAAUUCGAACACCGCGCCCUCUUGAUGCGUCGUGUGCUCGUCAAGUACACGUUGGAGAAGACCUCACGCUUCACCAUCCGCGGCCGCGACUAUCUCAUCGAGACGUGGUUUCUGGAGGCGUCCAUCUUGGGAGGAGCCUCGGCUCGUCUCAGCGAUGGUGACACAGCGGUCUUCACGGUGACUGAGGACCUCGGUGACCUCGAGCCGAUUGACCGUGCUCUUCUAGACGUCGACAUUAAUAUGAAAAUGAUAGUUAGGAACGACUGGCGCGCAUUCUACCCGCUUACCAAUCUUCUAUGGCUGCAUCACGUGACGAAGAAACUACGCCGGCAAUACAAGCAGACAUUUGGACGCUACAUGAACGACUUCGAGAAAGUGUUCUGGACGGAUAUUGGCAGCUGGAAGCAGGAGCUGCUGCAGUACUCUUCGCUAGCCGAGUUCGUAAACAACCUCCCCGACGUCCGAGCGCAAAGACGCCAAGGGGGCUUGACGACCACGACGGCGGGCUGAUUGCGCGAGGGCAAACACGUCUGCUCGAAAUUCUUUCGGCAAUAUUGCUGCAGCCUGUCGUGUUCCCUUGGUAUGACACUUUUGUAAAGUGCGGGGUGUGCCUUUGAUGUCUGCGAAAGACCAGUUUCAAGCAGAGCACUAACAAUUGGUGCUCUGCUGGUGGCUGGACUUUGGAGAAACGAUUGUCAUUUGACUGCCAAAAACAGUACACUCACUCAGCCUUGCACAGCUGUUAAGGCGUACAACCACAUCUAACCUUCUUUUGAACGAA